CGACGACGACGAAGUAUAUAACAGCUACCUGCUUGCUGCUUGCUUGAACGGCCUGGCCUCGCAUCAGACACCCACUCUUCGCAAUUAGAUCAUCUACGCAAAAAGAAACGAACCUCUGCCAAAUCAUAUCGCUCGCAACCCCAACCCCAGCUCCCCCUGCAAAACACCCACACCCACACCCACAUCCUCAUCCCGUCCUCGCCCAUCAUGAAGGUCGCCAUCGCCCAAAUGACCUCGAAAGCCUCUCCCGAGCACAACUUUUUCGUAUGCGAAAAGAUGGCCAAGCAAGCCGCCAAGAACGGGGCGGAGAUGGUCUUUUGGCCAGAGAGCACGGAUAUCAUCUUUGACGAGGAUUACCCCAAGGAGGAGGAGAGGGCGGAUUACGAGGGAUCGAGGUUGAAGAAGUUUGUUGAUCAGAUGAGUGGGUUGGCGAAAGAGACCAAACUCUACCUCUCCUUCGGCGCUCACCUUCCCUCCGAGGAAGAACCCAAGAAGUGGUACAUGUCCUACCUGACCAUGAACCCCGAAGGCACCCUCAUCCACUCUUACAACAAGAUCCACCCUUGCGUGAUCAAACGCCCAGACCUGGACGUCACCGAGACGGACGCCUGCACCUCGGGGUCUCCUGGUAACGACAAUAUCAAGCUCAUCGACGUCACUUCCACCAACAAGAAGACCGGAGAGAAAGAGACCUUCAAGUUGGGUUUCGCGAUCUGUUACGACCUCCGUUACCCGAAAUUCUGGUUGGAACUCCGGGAUCGUCAGGCCGAUGCGGUGAUCGUCCCCGCCUGCUGGUUUUUCCCCACCCGGGCGCAUUGGGAGACCCUCCUCACGGCCCGAGCGAUCGAUAACCAGUAUUUCGUCGUGUGUCCCGCUCAGAUCGGGGUACAUAACGAGGAAAGACCCCCCAGUUUCGGGUUCAGCAUGGUCCUCGACCCCGUCGGUGAAAAGCAAGUCGCCCUAGGAAAAGUGGUCGAGGGGAAGGGAAAGAUGGACUUGUCCGCUCAGAAGGAGUUCAAGGACCAUAUCGACGAGUUCCCAGAGAUUGGGGAGGGGACGGCUUUGGGAUAUGCGGAGAUCGAGUUGAAGAGGGUCGGGGAGGUCAGGAAGGAGUUGCCCAUCCGGGAUUACGAGAACGAGGCUUAUGGCGAUAAGCACGAGGAGAGGAAGUAAGGGAAGGGGGAAGCUCGUACGGGGAGAGAAGAUUUGGGUCGCUAUCGUUCGGAACACAUUCCCGUGGACAUGUGUUCCGUGGACAUGGACUCUACGUCGCAUCGUUCUCACUUUCUGG